CUCAAGCCUCACUCGUCCGCAGUCUUCAUGUCUGACGGCACAGAGUAAAGAGGAAGAGGAGGACGAAGGAGAAGAAGAGGAGGAAGAAAGAAGCCGACGCAUUUUCUGACCCUUUUUGCGCUUCCGGGAACUUUCCUUCAUGUCACCAGGAAACCUGCGGCCAGGACAGCGCGCAGCAGCUCCGCUCCCCGCUUUUCCACGGAUUAAUUGAACCAGACUGGGAUUCCAUAACCCGCUCAUGGACUUCAACCUGCUGACGGACUCCGGGACCCGCAGUCCGGCGCUGUCGCUGUCCGACUCUGGAACCCCGCAACACGACGCGGGAUGCAAAGGCCAGGACAACAGCGACACAGAGAAAUCCCACCAGAACCAGCUGGACGAGUCCAGCGCUGAAGAUGGUUCCCUGAAAAAGAAGCAGCGGCGGCAGAGGACGCACUUCACCAGCCAGCAGCUGCAGGAGCUGGAGGCCACCUUCCAGAGGAACCGCUACCCCGACAUGAGCACCAGGGAGGAGAUCGCCGUGUGGACCAACCUCACCGAGGCUCGGGUCCGGGUAUGGUUCAAAAACAGACGGGCCAAGUGGAGAAAGCGGGAGAGGAACCAGCAAGCAGAGCUGUGUAAAAAUGGCUUUGGCGCCCAGUUCAAUGGACUCAUGCAGCCCUACGAUGACAUGUACACAGGCUACUCCUACAACAACUGGGCAACCAAGGGCCUGGCAAGCAGCCCGCUCUCCACCAAGAGCUUCCCAUUCUUUAACUCAAUGAAUGUAAGCCCCCUGUCCUCUCAGCCCAUGUUCUCACCCCCCAGCUCCAUCCCCUCCAUGAACAUGGCCUCCAGCAUGGUGCCCUCAGCGGUAGCCGGAGUCCCCGCCGCUGGUCUCAACAACCUGGGGAACCUCAACAACCUCAACAGUCCCACGGCGCUCAACUCGGUGGCAGUGACUGCAGCCACGUGCCCCUACGCCACCACCGCCAGCCCCUACAUGUACAGAGACACCUGCAACUCCAGCCUCGCCAGCCUGCGGCUCAAAGCAAAGCAGCACACCAACUUUGCGUAUCCGACAGUCCAGAACCCCGUCUCCAACUUAAGUCCCUGCCAGUACGCUGUGGACCGGCCGGUAUGAAGAGGCAGCUCUUGCUGCAACCCCCCCCAUCUCUACCUUCCAGCUUUAAGCCCUCCCCCCGUUCAUCUCCUGGUUUCCAUCUGAAAACUGCCAAAUGAGCAGCUAAUCGGCAGUUCUGAUGGUCCACUGGGAGAAGAAUCCUCCAAACCCCCACAGCUAACACCCACCCUCAGACAGAAUGGCGCUUCUUGAAGGAAUCCUCUUUCUGUGAGACAAUGUUGCUGAACUGACCAACCACUACAAAGGAUUUCUGGAGAUUGGUGUCCAGCAGAAGUUCUCCUGAACGCCAAGAAUACACCAAGCGUAGAAUCCAAGGGAAGGAGAACAUCUGCAGGUGGACAUCCUGGUCCAAAGCAUGAUCUCUGUUGCAGGAAAAACUAGCUGUGGUUGUUAAAAAAAGAAAAAAAAAAAGAAAGAGAAAUGGAGGCUGUACAUAAUAGACUUUUUCUGUUUUGUAUGUGACACAAAAAAGUAUAUGAAGAUGUAGUACUUUAAAAAUGACAAAAGCAUGUUCCUGAACAGCAAACGGCCCCGUGGUUCUAUGAGCGCAUCAUUAGGGAACUUUGUUGUGAAUUCCUGUCCCCUCAGAAGGUCAAAGGCCAACUUGGACGGGUGUGAGAGGGGCAGUUCUGGAGGGGAACUCCAGUUUUUCAAACCAAUAGUUCACUCGCAUUUAUGGCAGAAACGCUGCAGUUGAAAACUCUGAAAAAGCCAUUGAGUAUGUAGAUUUGUGUGGUGUUCUAAACAGGAGUCAAUGACUGUAAAAAAUGUAUGUAAGAGUGCAGUUGUUCUAACAAAAAACAAGCUUUUUUUUCCUGGUGUAGCCUGCUUUGUCUCAUUAAAGAACCCAUUAAAGGA